GAAGUGUCUCCUCUCCCAUAAUGUCGCAGCAACGCGUCCUCCCUCAGAGUAAAGAAACCCUCCUUCAGUCCUUUAAUAAAAGGUUGAAAGAUGAUAUCAAGUCCAUCAUGGAUAACUUCACAGAGAUCAUCAAGACUGCAAAGAUUGAAGAAGAAACUCAGGUGUCUCGGGCAACCCAAGGCGAGCAAGACAACUAUGAAAUGCACGUCAGAGCAGCAAACAUUGUCCGGGCUGGGGAGUCCCUCAUGAAGCUCGUCUCUGACCUGAAGCAGUUCCUGAUCCUCAAUGACUUCCCCUCCGUCAACGAGGCCAUCAACCAGCGCACCCAGCAGCUGCGCGGCCUGCAGGAGGAGUGCGACAAGAAACUGAUCACGCUACGGGACGAGAUCUCCAUCGACCUCUACGAGUUGGAAGAAGAGUAUUACUCUUCCAGCUACAGCCUGUGCGACGGCAAUGACCUUCCGCUGUGUGAGGCGUACUGGCGACAAGAACCUGCCGGGGGCUCCCCUGAAGGCCUCCCCAUGCCUCUGGUAGCUGCCAUGAUGGAGCAGAAUGUCCCGGCACCCCAGGGGCCCACCCCCUCGCACCCUCACGUCAAUGGGCAUGGAGCAGCCCCCACGGAGCAUGCCUAAAAAGGACUCCUCUGCC